AUGUCUGAAGCCGCCCCAGCUCCCGCCGCCGCACCUGCGGUAGAAAGCGCCUCCAAGAAGAAGCAGCCCAAGAAAGCAGCCGGUGUCAAGAAAGCCGCUAAGCCCUCCGGUCCUAGCGUGUCCGAGCUCAUUGUCAAAGCUGUGUCCGCUUCUAAAGAGCGCAGCGGGGUGUCCCUGGCAGCUCUGAAGAAGGCUUUGGCUGCUUCUGGUUAUGAUGUGGAAAAGAAUAACAGCCGCCUCAAGCUGGCUCUCAAGGGCUUGGUGACUAAAAGCACUCUCGUCCAGGUCAAAGGAAGCGGAGCUUCCGGCUCCUUCAAGCUCAACAAAAAGCAGGCGGAGAGCAAGGACAAGGCUACCAAGAAAAAGGCACCGGCUAAAGUCAAGAAGCCUGCCCCGAAGAAAGCCACCAAGUCUCCAGCCAAACCUAAGAAGGUAGCUGCAAAGAGCCCGAAAAAGGCCAAAAAGCCGGCCGCCUCCGCUAAAAAGGCCACCAAAAGUCCGAAGAAAGUCAAAGCCGCCAAGCCCAAGAAGGUAGUGAAAAGCCCGGCUAAGAAGACC